GGGAACGGGAGAAUUAGUUAGGAAAACUCAGGGGAUUCUUCCAUCAGUUGAGAAGGUUGCAGGAGACUCUCUGCACAGGAUCAUACACUUAAUACAUUUAGACAUUUUAUUUCAUUUAAUUAAAAGAAAAAGGCAAUUCAAUUUAGAUUCUUUGUUGUUGUUGAAAGAUUCCACAUUUGCAAUUUACCUGCGCGCUCCGCGGCUCCGGGGACGCAGUUGACUUGGAGAGAGAGAGUUAUACAGAGAGGAUAGAAUCUCUCCAUUAUUGCAUUAUUACUGAUUACAGGCAAAGCAUAACUUUUAAAGUUGCAUCAUGCCAUUUUUCAUUUCAUUGUGUUUGUACCUUUGGCUGGGGUUGUUACCUGGCCGGACAAGUACAGCCGUGAAUGAAGACAUUGAAGUAUUGGUGAUGUUGCCCAAAAAUAACUCGUAUAUGUUCUCAAUAGCAAGAGUGGCACCCGUCAUCGAGUAUGCAAAGCAAGGGUUGAAAAUCGGCGGCGGUCUGUAUUCGGGACUUAAUUUCAAAGUGCGUUAUGAGGAUUCCGACUGUGGCAAUGAUGCACUCUUCUCCCUGGUGGACCGUUCCUGCGAAAAGAAACCGGACUUGGUGCUCGGUCCGGUGUGUGAAUACGCCGCUGCGCCGGUUGUAAGGAUGGCAUCUCGUUGGAACAUCCCGGUAAUAUCGACAGGUGCUCUGGCCAGCGGUUUUAGAGAGAAAGAGAAAGAAUACUCUCACCUGACCCGAAUCUCCCCGUCUUACCUAAAAAUGGCAGAGACUUUCUUGGCGAUGUUCCGUCACUUCAACUGGAAAGACGCGUUGCUGAUCUUCGAUGACGACAAGAAGGAGAGGAAUUGUUACUUCACUAUGGAAGGGGUGCACCUCAAACUCAUGGAGGAAUAUCAGACUGUCACCUAUGCCAUCAACUCUAAAGAAGAACGCCUGAACACAGACGACAUCAUCAAAUAUAUCUACGAGAGUGAAGUUGUUAUCAUGUGUGCGGGAGCUGACAUCGUCCGAGACAUCAUGCUAGCUGCUCAUCGACGGAGGCUCACUAAUGGCAGCUACAUCUUCUUCAACAUCGAACUCUUCAACUCCACAUCUUAUGGCAACGGCUCGUGGAAGCGAGGGGAUAAGCACGACAGUGAGGCGCGACAGGCGUACUCGGCCCUCAACACGGUCACGCUACUCCGGACAGUCAAACCAGAGUUUGAGAACUUCUCUCUAGAGGUCAAGAGGUCCAUUCAGAAGGCUGGCCUACCGGACUGUGACGACUGUGACAACAUCAACAUGUUUAUGGAAGGGUUCCAUGAUGCAUUGCUGCUAUACGCCCUGGCGCUGCACGAAGCCAUCAGGAGCGGCCUCACCACGAAGGACGGAGCAGAGAUCACCAAUCUUAUGUGGAACAGAACAUUUGAAGGCAUCGCAGGUCAGGUGUCUAUGGACUUCAAUGGGGACAGAUACGGAGACUUCUCUGUGAUGAGCAUGACCAACACCGAGGCAGGCACCUAUGAGACGGUGUGUAACUACUAUGGUGUGAAGGAGAGUUUCCAGAUGCUUCCGGGGUUCAACCCUGACCACUUCACCCUGAGAGGACUACGCAGAGUCUCCCACGCUGACCUGCCAGACAAAUCAUCAGGUGGACUAGGAGUAUCUGCUGUUACUGGGAUCAUAGUGGGAGCCCUGCUAGGGACAGCACUGCUAAUGGCCUUCUACUUCAUCAGGAAGAACUACAGGAUAACCAUUGAGAGGCGCACGGCGAGGGAGGAAUGUGACAUUGGGAAGCACCGUCAGUUACGAGAGGAUUCUAUCAGAUCUAACUUCUCGGCAGCGUAGAGCAUCACCGCGGUUACCAUCCGUUGCUCCUGACGUUCCCGUUCCAGGGAAGCAAGAAUCAGCGUAGCGCGGAAGGAAGCACCAUGGGAAAUGUGACCAAAGACUCUACACACUCUAUACGGCUGUCAGAGGAGUCGUGCUAUUUAAAGAAAGACAUACUGUCAUUUAUACGUGUUUUACAUUUUCUCUUUUACAUUUUUUGACUUUCAUACACUCAGGAAAGUUCCAAUCACACAGCAGCACCACUUUCAUCUCUGUUGAAGUAUAUCUUUAGGUGUGUCUUCUCCCCUUAAGAGGGCCAGUACAGACGGCAUUAAUAUUAGAAUAAUGUGUUUUCUUCACCUGUUUUAUAACAAACAGCGCAAGCGGUUUUGACCAUGUAAAAAGCGUUUGCACUCCAUACAGGGUUAAAGUAACACCAGAGAUAACAGGGAUCAAUAAGCCUGUGAACUUCAUUGGUACAUGUCAGAUCAGAGUUAACAGGGGUUGGUAAACAGGUCAGAUCAGAGUUAACAGGGGUUGGUAAACAGGUCAGAUCAGAGUUAACAGGGGUUGGUAAACAGGUCAGAUCAGACAUAAUAGGGGUUGGUAAACAGGUCAGAUCAGAGUUAACAGGGGUUGGUAAACAGGUCAGAUCAGAGUUAACAGGGGUUGGUAAACAGGUCAGAUCAGAGAUAACGGGUCAGCUCAGAGAUAACGGGUUGAUAAACAGGUCAGAUCAGACAUAAUAGGGGUUGGUAAACAGGUCAGAUCAGAGAUAACAGGGGUUGAUAAACAGGUCAGAUCAGAGAUAACGGGGGUUGGUAAACAGGUCAGAUCAGAGAUAACGGGGGUUGGUAAACAGGUCAGAUCAGAGAUAACGGGGGUUGGUAAACAGGUCAGCUCAGAGAGAACAGUCUUGUUUAGCAGUCUUACGGCUUGGGGUUAGAACCCGUUCAGGGUCCUGGUGGUUCCAGACUUGCUGUGCGGUAGCGGAGAGAACAGUCUACGACAGUGCCCUCCAACCCUCUUCCUGGAGAGAUACCGUUUUCACAUCAAUCCUAACCUAGCACGCUUGAUUGUAAUUCAACUGGGGUUGGAGCAAACACCUUGGGGAGGAAAGCCCUGGUCAAUGGGAUGGUCCACACUAAAGGGACCCGAAACUACUACAGGAGAUUUGAGUCUUUGAACUUCAGACUACACCAUUUCGGUAUCGCUGCGGUGAUUUGAUUCUCAAUCAACCAAACAAGUAAAUUAUAUAGUAUUACACUUUGCAAACUAAAAUUCUCUGGUAAAAACCUCCCAUCGACUUUGCUUAUUUUCUAAAGUAAGAAUUUUCUAGAGAUUUUUUUUUUUAGAUUAAAUAUGGUAAUUCUGUAAUAUACUCUUCCCACUGUAUAAUAAUAAUGUAUAUUACAGUAUAUGAUUAUUCUGACACAACUAUAAAAAACAAACUGGUUUCUUCUGAGAUGAAUAGUAACAUAUAUUUCUCCUCUGCAUCUCUGAGACCUGUUA